CCGAACACUUCCUGUUCCUGAAGGCAAGAAAGUACGUUUGAAUUCCUCAACAUUCGCCAUUUGUAAACCGAGAGUCCGAGACUAGCACACACAAACAUACACACACACACAAAUAGAGAGAGAGAGAGAGAGAGAGAGAGAGAGAGAGAGAGAGAGAGAUGAUUAACAAAGCAGCCAGUCUCUCGGUGUUGCCGGAAGGAUGUCUGUCGGACGUACUAUCACUAACUUCACCGAGGGAUGCGUGCAGUUCUGCCUCCAUCUCCAAAGGAUUCAAAUCAGCAGCAGAUUCCGACGCUGUUUGGGAGCGGUUUCUGCCACCGGAUUACCGUGAAGUCAUUGAUAGGUCGGUUUCUCCGGUGGUUUUUGGCUCUAAAAAGCAACUCUAUCUCAGCUUAUCGGACGCACAUAUCCUCCUCGAUCGUGGCAAUUUGAGCUUCCAGCUAGAUAAGGAGAGUGGGAAGAAGUGUUAUAUCUUAGGAGCAAAAGAGCUAUCAAUUACAUGGCAACACGACACUCAAUACUGGGAAUGGGGUCAUAUACCUGAAUCAAGGUUCCCGGAGGUGUCCAUACUUAGACAAGUAUGUUGGCUUUCAAUCCAUGGAAAAAUAGCAGCUGUAAUGCUGUCCAAAAACAGCACAUAUGUUGCGUAUCUUGUCUUUCGAACUACUGAUGAUUCCUGGGGACUUAAUGUUCCAGCAAAAACAAGGGUAAGUUUUGGUGGGAUAGAAGUGGAGACUGAAAAUGUUUAUCUCCGAAGACCACAUCGUGUGCAAGAAAACUAUGUGUUUCCUCAUAGGAGAAAGGAUGGGUGGAUGGAGAUGACGUUGGGAGAAUUUGAGUACAAUGAAGGAGAUGAUGGAGAUGUACAGAUGGCGUUUGAGGAAGUUGAGCAUUUAAACUGGAAGAAUGGUCUUAUCGUGGAGGGCAUCGAACUUCGGCCUAAAGAACUUGCAAUGGAUCUUUAGGUUAUCUUAUUCAUGGAUGUAAUACAAAAACUCUUUUCAUCUCUGUGUCAUGUCAAUUUUACAAUUAUCGGAUUGCAACAAUGUGAUAUAUUCGACUCCUUACUUAUAAUUUAUAAUACAUAUGUUACUCA